AGUCCCAAGAUUGUUUUGGAUUCGCGCAGACCACGUGGCGGCACAUAGAAAGCUUUCGUGGUUUGGCCUUGGUGACCUCCGCGCUGAAAGCAACACGUCAAGCAAAACUGCUUCUCAUCGGUUGACCGAGGUGUUAUGAGAGAUGUCAGCGAGAGGUCAGGCCACCAGUAGCCGGGAAAUCCCUGCCAUUAGACGGGUCGCUAUCCACGAUGCUGCUCACAUGCCCCAGUUCUACUCCUCGACUCCCGGGGGGACUCUGUUCAGCACCACCCCAGGAGGUACCAGAAUCAUCUAUGACAGGAAGUUCCUCCUGCAGUGUCGGACGUCUCCUCUGACUCGUACACCUCCCAGCCUGCCCGACAUCCCAGGAGUUACCACUUCACUCAAACCCAGUGACCCCAGUAACACAAAUCAACCCGAACAGACAUCUAACAAUACCCAUGACCACAGCCUGUCUACAGAAGAGAACGCAGGAGAAGAUGACCAGUUUGAGAUGGACAUCUGAAGAUAGCUACAAGGAUAAAAAUAAUUCCUAACAUUUUCAUACUUUUUUGUUUACUGGAAUUAAAAAAUAUAUUGCUAUUGGCAAUAUUGUACUCUUCUCUACACUAUCUGAUGCAUAAAAGUGUUUUUUUCACUUUGAUGUUACUUGACUUUCUUAUGAACUGUGACACACUUGACAAUUAAGUCCAAGUUUUGA